UCCCUUGUAGCAAAUAAUGGAAAAGUUGUCCCUAUUAUUGCUGGCUGGUCUCUUUUUUGUGUUAAAAGAAGCGGCAGGCCAUCAAGAAAAUGAUAUAGGUUAUUUAGAUACAACACCGUAUUACCCUGUUUUGACACCAUUCAAUAACACGCCAGCAGAAUGCCCUCCCUGUUUUAAUUGCAUGUUGCCUGGCUUUGAAUGCCUUCAUUUUGCUAAUUGUUCAGAGUAUGACGGUAAAUGUAACUGCCCUCCUGGUUUUGGCGGCAACGACUGUAAACAGCCAAUGUGUGGAGGAUUAGACGAUGGUAGAAGCAGAUACCCUAGAGAGAAUGGUACUACGUGUGAUUGUCCAGAAGGUUGGGAGGGUAUCAAUUGUAAUGUUUGUACAAGCGAUUCUGUUUGCGAUUCUUUAGUACCUACUGGGCAAAAUGGCACUUGUUACCGCGGUGGUCUAACCGUCUAUGAGAACCAUCAAAUGUGUGAUGUAACAAAUCGUAAAAUUCUUGACCAACUUAAGGAUCAGAUACCCCAGGUUACAUUUUCGUGUAAUAAGCAUCAAUCCACUUGUGAUUUCCAAUUUUGGGUGGACCAAAAAGAAUCCUUUUUUUGUCAUUUGGAUAAAUGCGAUUUCAAACAAACUCACGAUUAUGAUAAGAAUACAACAAAAUAUACUUGUGAUACCAUUGAUUGUCGAUGUAUCAAAGACGAAAUGCUUUGCGGAAAAAAUGGUUCCAUAGAUCUUACUGAUCUGCUCAAGGAUGAAAUCAAGGGACCAGCUUCAUUCGAUUGCGCUGGGAAAAACUGUGCAUUUUCAGAGCCUGCAAUGGAUGAAUUGAUUUCUGCAGUAUUUGGUGACGAGUCUAUCUUUUUAAGUUGUAAUUCGGGCGAAUGUCUUCACUACACUAUGGUUCCUGGCUUUGAGCGUGGUGAACGUCCAAUCAAUUGGAUUAUGAUUGCAAGUGGAUUAGGAGGUGUAGCUAUAUUUUUAACUAUUGUCGGUUCGAUUGUGACUUGUCUUGCCAGAGGCUCUACACAACAUCCUUCCAUUCAACUUGCAGAUGAUGAAGCAGGAAAACUCAUGACAGAACAUACACCUGUGAGUCUUUCAUUUGAUAAAGUAGGCUAUUCGUUACCUCAUAUCAAGCAACCAUUGCUUGUCAAUGCAUCUGGAUGCGUUCAAUCCGGUCAAGUAUUAGCUAUUAUGGGUCCAUCUGGUGCAGGUAAAACUACGCUGUUAGAUAUUCUUGCAAAUCGAACCAAAGCAGGUCAAGUGACUGGAGAUGUGUAUGCAAACGGCAAAAAAUGUUCCCGUGAGGAAUAUGCACAACUAAUAGGCUAUGUCGAUCAAGAAGAUACGAUGAUACCUACUUUAACCGUAUACGAAACCAUUUUAUAUUCAGCUCUUUUAAGACUUCCAAGAUCCAUGAGUGAAGAGGCUAAAAAAUAUCGAGUCAUGGAAGUAAUGCAAGAAUUAGGGAUUGAUGGUAUUAAAGAUAGUAAAAUUGGCCAAGCUGAUGAUCGGUCCAUUAGCGGUGGAGAAAGAAGAAGAGUUGCUAUUGCCUGUGAAUUGGUGACGUCUCCCUCAAUUCUUUUUUUGGAUGAACCAACAUCUGGAUUAGACGCCUACAACGCUUUUAAUGUAGUUGAAUGUCUUGUGACACUAGCUAGGAACUACAAACGCACGGUAGUAUUCACUAUCCAUCAGCCUAGAUCCAACAUUGUCACUCUCUUUGAUUAUUUAAUAUUAUUGGCCAAAGGAAGAAUUAUCUACUCUGGUUCACAAAUCCAGGCACAAAAUUACUUUGGCUCUAUCGGGUACAGCUGCCCGCCUGGUUUUAACAUUGCUGAUUAUCUAAUUGAUUUAACCAUGGAGGCUGUUGAAUUCGACGAAUCUGUAAAUGAAGUUUCUUCGUCGCUAGCUGUCAAUGUAGUUGUUGAAGAUGGGCCCUCGCCUGAUGGAUUAACGCCUCAUAUAAGAACACUUAACCAGGCUUAUGAAAACAGCUCAGUUGCAACUGAAGUACAGGAUAAUAUUGCAAAACUUGUGUCUGAAGCAAAUCUAGCUGUCACGGACGAUGAGUUAUCAGGAAACACAUUAGUAAUUACUUCACACAAAAGACCUGGAUUUAUCAGCCAGUUUAUGAUUUUGGCUUCAAGGACCUUCAAGAACUUGUAUCGUAAUCCUAUGCUUAUGUUUGCACACUAUGCAAUUUCCGUUGUUCUUGCACUUGUGUGUGGUGGUUUGUUUUAUCAGGUAUCGAAUACCAUUGCAGGUUUCCAGAAUCGAAUGGGCUUGUUCUUCUUUUACGAAGCUUUAUUAGGUUUCAUGUGUUUAACAUCGUUGCACGUUUUCUCAACCGAGCGUAUCUUAUUUAUUCGUGAGCGUGCCAACGGGUAUUAUUCCCCUGGCACUUAUUUUCUUGCCAAAGUGUUAUUUGACAUCAUUCCAUUGCGUGUGGUGCCACCACUCAUGAUGGGACUUAUCUCCUACUACAUGGUUGGCUUGGUAGAGGGAGUGAAUGAAUUUUUGAAAUUCCUGCUAGUUUUAGUCCUGUUUAAUUUGACUGCUGCCGCUCUUUGCUUAGCUAUUGGCGUUAUUUUCAAAAACGUGUCAAUGGCGAAUUUAUUGAGCGUAUUGGUUAUGCUAUUCUCUAUGCUUUUUGCUGGAUUAUUGCUUAACAAAGAUACGAUGUCACCAUACUUUGGAUGGCUAAAAUACCUUUCGUUCUUCAACUAUGCUCUAGAGGCUUUACUGGUAAAUGAGAUGCUCUACCUUCAACUUGUAGAAGAACGAUUUGGUUUGAACAUUGAUGUUCCUGGUGCAACCAUUUUAUCCACAUUUGGGUUUAACGCUAAAAAUUAUUGGCCAGAUGUGAUCAAGAUGGGUGUAAUGUUUAGUGUGUUUAUGACGUUUGCAUUUGUGUGGCUCGUUCUAGUUGUGAAAGAAAAAAGAUAAAAUCAUUUCGGUCUCCUAUUCUAUUUGAAAAAAUUAUUUCUGUUUACCAAUAAUCACAUUCAAUUUAAAUAAUUUCUCAGUUCCAUGAUUGUGCUCUGACCACCAUUUUGACUUAUCGGGUGUUACGGGACAUGUCUUAAAUUAGUAACAAAAAGAA